UGGGCACAGAUGUUAGCUCAGGGCCAGUCUUCCUCAGCAAAAAAAGAAAGGAAGGAAACAGCCUUGACCUCUGAAGGCCUGGUUCCCCCUCACGUAGAACCAGCCUCUGACCCCUCCAAGCAGAACUUGCCACCUGAAGUGGGGAUGACCUGGCCAGUGGGCUGUGUUUUCAGAGUUAGUCGUUGAACCAGUUUUCAACCGUGCCACUCAGACCUGGAGGUUCCUUUAGUGAUCCUGCCUCUGACUCCCCUUUCCUGCUGUUUCUUAACCUUCUCAGCCUUUCUACAUUGUUUCCUGGAUGUCAGCUGGCUUGCCGCUUCCCAGGUGUCCACACCCCAGGCCCAGACCUCACAUCCUGGACACCUGGGUAUGUACCUUCCUUGUGGGGUCCAGCCUGCCUUCUUCUCCGGUCAGAUUCUGGAAGGGCUAGCUUGAUUCCUUCUCUUCGACACUCCUUGUUCUUCUUCUGGUCCUCCAAGGUGGUGGUGGGAUACCGGCGAGGCAAGACCUUUUUGCACGCAACUGACUAAUUAAUCUAAUUGGUUUUCUGAGCACCCGAUAUUUCUUCAUCACUAUGUGAAAUGUCGCAGAGAAGAAACCAGAAACGUUAGCCCUGUGUCUUGCCUUUGAGCUGUCACACACUUACUAGGAAGAUGAGACUGUGCGGGAAGCAGUUGUUGGAUAAGGUGACUGUGUGUAAUGAAUUACUAAAUUGCACCGCAAUGCUAUCAAGUGCUGGAGGUCAGAAAGUGGACAUCAGAGUGGCCUGGAGUAAAUCACAGCCUGUCACAGUUGAGGGAGCCCUGGAAAAGCAUCCUUGUUUUCCAAAGGGGAAAAGAGAAGUGCAGAGAACUCAAGCCACUCGCUGGAGAUAAAACAGCAAAGGGCUGGCAAAGAGGGUGCAGGGCUCUGGUUCUCCCACCCCUGGGCCCAGUGCUCUUCUCAGCUGACAGAGAUGCCUUGUUUCCAGAACUUGAGUGCGUCUCCUGGUAACAAGGAGUUGGACAAGCCAGGGGAAGGUUGCAGGAGAAGAGUACACAGUAGAGGGAGCAGUAACAAGGACAAAAAUGAGGAGGAGACAAGAGGAAAAUCCAUCCGGGAGAAAGACAGGAGCCAAGCAAGCCCCUUUUGGUGGAGCCCAGUGGCCUGGAGGCUGCGAUGGUGGAUCCUGCCCGGCUGGUGAAGUACCGUUGUUAACUAAGCAGGUAUCUUCUCUUCUGAGCACGUCCAUUUGCCCAUCCUGAAAAUGCUGACAGCACAGCAGCCCACCUCACAGGAUGAUGGAGAGAUGCUGAUGGGCUGUAAAGCUACUGAGGUGCGAAGACACACACAGCAGAGCCAUCGCAUGGAUAAUUUCGCGAGGAAGGCAAUGGAAGUCCCGUUCCUGGCAUCGUUUCAUCCUCUCACCUGGAGGACAGGAACCUAAGGAAGCCAGCUAACUCUCACGUAAAAGUCCUGAGUUGGGCAUUGGAGAUGCACAGAUGGACGUGAUCUGGCUCAGGAUGCUAAGCAUGAUACGGUCCGGUAUGAGAGCUUGCGGGAAAUGACACGACAGAGACAGGGCACAAUUUGGAAGAUGCAUAGGGACACAAAGCUAUUCCUCCCCGGGCAAGGCCUCUGGGAAUGCCUUGUGCAGGAGAUGGAAUUUUGGCCGGUUACUGAGGGAAUUCGCAAAAGCAGAGGGGACGGAGUAUGUGCGCCUGGGCGUGUGUGUGUGCAAGUGGGGGUGGGGACAUUUGUGAUGCGGCUUUGGGCACAGGACUGGGAGAAAUGAACAGGCAUGCUUUACUGAGGCCAGAGGCUUUGCAGGAAGAGCCGGGCUGGGGCAGGCUGGGUUCCGACACUACCUUCUCAAGGCCCAGUUAUGUUGUGCCUGUUUCCCAGGGAAGGCAACGGGGCUGCAUGGGCUCCUGAACCAAACCAUGGUGACAGAUGAGCCACAUCUGGUUUGGAAAAUGCCUGUCAUUCCCAGCAGGACAAUUUAGGGGCCUUCCGAGCUAGUCUCCCGGCUUCCCAGCCUUGCCUCUGUCUGGCCCUGGCCACCCCGCACAGCCUUGAGCUCUUGGAGAGGUGACUGACGGGUGUGUGUCCUGACCAAGGGUCAACGGGCAUCGGAACAAACACGUAAUCCUACCCAGGCUGAGUGACAGAACCUGAGCCGGCCCUUUCCCUGUGUAUGACAUCUGAGCCCCUGGCUCCCGCUAAGUAGUAGUAACCUAAGGACCCAGGGGAUCCGUCUCUCCAGGCCCAGAGGGUUCACUUUCCUCUGGGGGCAGCCCAGGCCUUCCUGACAGUCUGUCCUGCCUCAGGGUUGGGUACUCCGAGCUGUUCUUUUCUCCAGUGGCCCUUAACUCUUUCCUCGACCAUUUACACUGGGGCAGCCCCUGUUCUCUGGGGGAAGCAUGAAGUGGGAGGGUUCAUGGAUUUGGCCUUUCCCCUACAAAUAUGCCUUGUGACCUCCUUGGACACAGAAGAGUCAGUAAAGUCAUUGCCUCGAAGCAAACCCCUCUUCUGCUACUUUUCCUCCCAGGGCUUGCCAUUUUAAAGCAGGAAAAUAAUUUCAUUUGCUACAUAGAAGCAUUUCUCCUUCUCUUCUGCCUCCUUCAUUGUGAUAAAAGGAGAUUUUCCUGCAGGAUGGAGUGUAUUUGCUCCUGUGCUAAUCUGCAUUUAGAGGUGGUGGCUUUUGUGUUCCCAUGUUCCCGAGCAGAAGGUCACCGGGAGGGGCAGGGAGGACCCACAAACACAUCACCUGCAGCUGGCAGCCACGCAGAGUCAGAGGUCUCCAGCCCAGCGGUUGGGAUUCAUACUCUGAAAUGAACGGCGGUCCCUCCCAGGGCAGUGGCUCUUAUUUUCCUCUGCAAUUUCAUGCUGCAGAAAUUGAUAGUUGCUCACAGCUUCCCUGACAGGUACAAUUGUCGCCAGAAACAGAAUAAAGAGAUAAUGCAAAAUAGCUCCUCUAAGCUGCCUUUAAUUGGCUCUUAAAGUCACUUUCCUGAGAUGGAUUAAUCACAUCAAGAUGCGGUGUGCUGGUGCAGCUCAUAAAACCUCUUCUUCUCGAUCAUUUACCAGGGCAAGGAGCUAUUCGGUGCCACCGUCGGUCCUUAUGUAAAGUCCUGUUAUUAGAUUUUACAGGGGCCAGCCGGCGGGACACACGGCACUCAAAGUCCAGUGGACAGGUGUAGCCUAAUCCCACAGGCAGGUUUUCUUUCCAUCUUAAAGUGCAUAUUAAGUCCUUUCUGCUUGUGGAAAAUGACAAAACCCCAAACCGCCAUUGGGCCAGUCCUGGCAGGGGGUCACAGGUGUUAUGCAAACUCUUGCCCUGGCUUUGCAGAGCUUACCAUGAAAAUGCGAUUUCUUAUUCAAAGCAGCGUCUGUGUGAGUAUCCAUCUUUGUACCAGCUGCCAUUUUAAUGUUGAGGGAGCACCCCUUCUGCAAAGUUAGUGAGUUUGAAGAAAUCCGUUGACCAUGGCAGGUCUUUUAAGUUUUGUUUUAAAGCUCUGUUAUGCGGGGGAGAAAACCACGGAGACUCAGCUUCCAUGAAGAAUUUAAGGCUGAAAUCAAAUAAAAAUGUGCACAAGUUAAUCUUAAACACUUAAUGGUAUGCAAAUUUGAGCUCCUAUUCAUGUAAAUCACUGUAAUGAAAACCCCUUUCAGCCAGCCUGAUCAGAUUUUCCAGUUUUUCUCUUCUUGCGUCCUCAUUUUCCUGCGUGAGUGAUGCGCAGGCAUGCCAACGAUUUCCCUGGGAUUCCUGUGCAGAGCGAGUAGAUGCUGGAGGAGCAGGGCUGGGAGAGGGAAGGGACACAGGGACAGACGGGAGACCAGCUGGGACUGACAGUCUGUUCGUGGCCAUGGCCGUCUUCUAGGGCUGCAGUUUAAUUCUCCGGGCUGUCAACAUAAUGGUGAAGAGUCUGGGGGGCUGGAGUCAGGCUUGUGGCUGUGUGACAGAGGCCUCUGGCUUCUUGCUGGCUGUCGGCUGGAGGUGCCCACAGUUCCUUGCCACACGGGCUUUUCCAACUUGGCCACUUACUUCAUCAAGCCAGCAAGGAGAGUCUCUAGGGCUAGUGCGCUAGCAAAGUGGCGUCAUAGAAUGUAUCGUAGUUGUGGGAGUGACAGCUCAUCACUUUUGCCAUUUUCUAUUGGUUAGAGGCAAGUCCUAGGUCCUGCCCAUGCUCAAGGGGAGGGGCUCACACAAAGGCAUGGGCACCAGGAGGUGGGGGAUGGGGAGCACCUUAGAGUCUGCCUGUCGUGCUCUUCCUUGUGAACUCUGCACUCAAGUGUCGUAAACAGGUUGAAAAUGUCAACUUUCAAGUCACUUUGGAAGGACAUCUGAAGUAAUACCAAGAUUACUGAGGAUUGGCCCUCUCUACGUUUUGAACAUUCCCACCUGUUCAGGUCCUGAAGGAUCUGGGUUUUGCUCCACAUCAACCAGGAGGGAUGGAAGAACAUUCUAAGACAGCACAAGAGAACCAGUUACCACCUGGAUGCCAUGUUUAAUAGAUCAGGAUUCAUAGCUAAGAAAAGGCAGAUCAUGAGCUGUCUCAACCUUGGACACAUAUGAUAAAGACUCUGGUAAUUAAGUUGGGGGAGUGGUGGUCAAGAAUGCUCUCCAAUGUCAAAGGAAACCAUCUUAUUUUUAUUGAGCCCUGAAUUUAUGCCAGAAACAAUGCCACUGUAGCAUCCAGCAAGGAUGGUUGUUCACCUGUUCUGUCUACUCUGGGCUGCAGAAUCUAAUGGCCACAUAUGAAGUGGUCCAGACAUGACAAUUUUUGGAUAGUUCUUUGAGUGUUUAUGUGUCAGUGAAAAAUGGCCACAUUCACUUUCAUUUGAGAAUAACGUACAGUUUUUAAGACAUAGCUAUAGAAAACACUGUAUAGAGAAUAGAGUCCUGAGUUAGUGCUUGCUGAAAGGGCAAAGCACCCAGUGUUGAUCAAGCCAUGUCUCCUGUAGGUUUGGUUUGCCUUGGGCUCCUGUCCAUGGUAGGUGGUGUUGAGGCUCUCUGUCCUGCCAACCAGAACGAUGCUGAGCUCAUCUGCAUCUGCUUUGCUUUGUCUGGUCUCUCAGCUCAGGCAGCUGCAGGCUUUCUCUCAGGGGCCUUGUGGUUACAGGAGUUCAUUUCAGAGAUGCUUUGGAAAGAUGAGGACACAAAACAGUUUUCCUCAUUGGGCCGAAAUAUGGAUGUCAAGUCAAUUCCUCUACCAACUACCCUCUAAUUCAGCGGAAGUCCAGGGCUUAAUAAUUUCUCAUCCAUUCAGCACCUUACAUUAGUCACUUGCUCAUUUAAUCCUCCCACCAAUUAUUUGAGGUAGGUAUUAUUGAAUCAGUAACAAUCGCAAUAAUCAUCGUAAUAAUAUCAAUAACAACUGCAUACAUUGAGUGCUUCCUAGAUGGCAAGCACUGGGCUGAGAACAUUGUGUUACUCCAAUUAAUCCUCCCAGCAACCCUAUGAGGUAGGCAUUAUCAUCCCCUACUUAACAGAUGAGAAACCUGAGGCACAGAAAGUUUAGGUAACUUUCCCCAAGUCGCAUAGUUAAUAGGCAAAGGAGCAAAAGUUUGAUCCCUGGUGUUCCGUGUUUAGAGUGAAGAGAGGCUUGUCGGAAGGGCUGGUCCCAGGUACAAUGGUGGAGGAGGUCUCUGUUCGCUGGCCUCCUCUUCUGCCUGAGCAUUGGUGAGCAUCUAAGUAGCUCCUUGUCUUUCUAGGCCAGCGUCUUUCUAAGACUCCUGGGGGCUGUGCUUCCAACCUGGGGGCAGGGCGUGCCCUCCGGCCACCUACACUCUCCUCUACUCUCAAGAAGCAAUCUGCAUUUGUCAUCCAUGAAUGUAAAUCUCUUGGGAAUUUCCCUUCCAGGGGAUUUGGCCCCUGUAGCCUCUCUUCUCAUUGGAGAGCACGGGCCAUGCGGCUGACGGAUCCAGGAUUAAACACCCGUGCAACUUCUGCGCAUAAUUCGACCUCAGUUUCCUCAUCCCGAAAUGGGAAUAAUGUCUGCCUCAGCGGGCUAGUACAAGAGUUAAAUUAGACAACGUGCACGAACCAGCAGCUCUUGUACCCAGAUUUCCUUUCCUUCUACUCCUCUGCUCCCCAACUUAGGAAUUUCAUGAACUAGGAGAAGGCAAAGGAAAUCUUUUGAGGGACAAGGGGGCAGUCUAUCAACUCUGAUAUCGUAUUGUCAAGGAUCCUUGUUCUGAUGGGCAGAAGGUCAUGGAGCAUGUGUGUGUCUGUGUGUGCAUGCGCCAGUGUGUAUGCACAUGUGUGUGCUGGAGAUGAGGCAGGGAAAAAAAGAGGAAAGUCAAAAUGAAGAAAACCAGAGCAGGAAAUGGAAAGAUUCAAGAUAGGAACAUUAUAUGUAAAUUGCCAUUAUAGGUAGACUGGUCACGUGUGUGUACUCCGGUAAAUCUUUAUACUAAUCAUUUAUACUUAAAAUGUAUCUGAGAAAAAGGGGUGUUAGCUAUUAUGAGUGAGAUUUGAUCUCACUGUCAGAUUAGGGAAAAGAUUAUCUGAGCUAAGUUUUAGAUAGGAAGCGUGGAGCAAUGCGAUCCUUUCAUAAUUUUUGCUAUUAACCUCCGUCACUCUGGAUUUUACUGUGCCUGGGCACCAUGUGUACUAUUUAACUUUGACUCAUUUUUAAACUUUAAACUUUGUCAUAAGAAUUAAUACCAGAGAAAACACGGUUUUAUUAUGCUAAUUGGGUAUUUUUUUCAAAUAUAGGUUGAAAUAUAACCUGUCUUUUGAAAUUUAAACUGUUUAUCCAGGUUCCACCAAAAUCCAUCUCCUGUGCUACCGGGGAGACACACUCUAGAGAGCCAGUUAAGAAGGAGGCUUAGUUCCACCUUUGCCAUCUCCUGGCUGUGUGACCUGGGGCCAGUGAGCACCUUGUCUUUCUCUUCACCUCAUCAAGUUGCCGACAUACAGCCUGUCAAAGGCACCCAGUCCUGGAAUUGCCCUCUGGAACUUUCUGGCCAAAUAGUCUUCCAGUCCUUGCUGGGCAGGGAAAUAGUCCUGUGCGGUGGCUGAACGAGCUCAGGACACUCCUGCACUUGUCCCAAAUCGGGCUCCUUACAGCAAGUCCUCUGCUCCUGGUUCUUGCCUUCAGAACUCAUCCAUCCUUUACAUCCUUUCAUGCCGUGGUGAUAGCUGCCAUGUACCUCUAGAGGCUGAGCAGCAUUGAGCAGGCCUGGGGUCUCCUUUGUGGCAGUUAUGGCACUUUUAUUAGUGCUGUCCAUGAUAAUAAUACCAUAGCUCUCACCGAUGGGCACUUCCUCUGUGCCAGGCACUCCGCUGAGCCCCUGCACAGCUGGGACCUUAGUUCAGCCUCACUGCUAUCCUGGUUACUGAUACAAUGUUUGUCUCCCUUCUAAAGGCGAUAACAUUAGACUGAAAAGACACUUUGAGAUGUGAAUCCUGCUGACAACUCAUAUUGGUGUCAGCUCUGGCUAAACCUCAAGUCUUUUCCAUAUUCGACACUGUUUAGCCAAUUUUUGCACAGUUGGUGUUGAGGACCCAGGGAAAGGGGCUUCCACUUGCCUCUGUUAUAUUUCAUCCUGUAGGCUCUGGUCCAGCACUCAAGGCUGCUGAAAUCUUUUUGGAUUCCAACUGUGUCUUCUGACAUAUUUCUGUCUUUCUCAACUGGGUGUCAUCAGAAAAUCUGAUAAGCAUGCAGCCUUUGCUGUCAUCCAAGUCAUUGAAAAAAAUGCUAAAUAGGAAAGAGCCAGGGGACUGAAUUCUCUGGAUGCUGUUAGAAAACUCCCCCUACAUCAGUGUCAAUUUAUUCAUUAGCACACUUCGAGUACUGGCGUUCUACUAGUGAUUGAGUCUUCCUAAUUGUACAGGCCGGCACUUAUUUCUGCAUCUUACCCAUAAGAUGUUAUGAGAGUCUUGAGCCUGAGAUGAUGGAGAUGAGAGGGCAGGUGUGCAGUAAAAGAUUAGCCUUUCCUGAAGGAAGAUCUGGCACCUGCCCAGCUCCUAGGAGCUAAUUUCUAAGUCCUUGAAAUGUCCUUCCUGAUAAGAGUGUCUUUGUUUACCUGGGUGUUUGGGCCAUGCUAGAUAGUCUAUGCAAACAAUGUGAUUUAGGAGGGACUCUGGGCCACGUGGUCUCAGCUUGGCCUCUGGAUGGGUUGGAGACUAAGAUCAGCCAUGUCUACGUGAGCAACCCCCAAUAAACUCCCUGGACAGCAAGGCUCGAGCGGGCUUCCCUGGUUGGUAAUACUCUGUGAUGUUGUAAUACAUUGUUGCUUGGAGAAAUAAACACUGUCUGCAUGACUCCCCUGGGAGAGGACAACCCAAAGCUAUGCCCGGUCUCUCUCGGCCCCUGCCCUCCGUGUCUCUUCCCUUUGCUGAUUUUUAUCUGUAUCCUUCCACGGUAAUAAACCAUAACUAGCUCCUCUGACAGGGAGUCCAUCCUGACCAUCCUUCAGCUCCUCGGAGAUCUGCUUUCUGGGGGUACUGACCGGAGGAUUCGCUACAUGAUCAGCAAGGGUGGCAGCGAAGCUCUUUUGCAGACCCUGGUGGACACAGCGAGGACAGCUUCUCCAGACUAUGACAUCCUCUUGCCCCUCUUCCGGCUACUGGCCAAAGUUGGCCUACGAGGGCUGGGUGCUGUUCUAGGCAUUGGGAACACCAUGGUGACCAAGACAGAUAAUGGGUCUGCUGUCAUGGAACUUACAUUCAAGCAGAGAAGGGCAGAAGAUAAAAAGUUUGGACAGAAGGCACUGGAAUUGGAAGCACUUGAUGUGACAUUGAUUCUGGCCAGAAAAAACCUGUGUCACAGCCAGAACCUCCUCCACUGUCUCUGGGCUCUGCGAGUGUUUGCCGCUAGUGUCACCACUGCAGCCAUGCUGGGAAUUAAUGGAGCGAUGGAACUGCUUUUCAAGGUCAUCACCCCUUAUACGCAGAAUCGCACCCGAAUAAUCAGGGCAGCCACUGAAGUUCUGGCAGCAUUGCUGAAAUCCAAGUCUAACAGCCGCAGGGCGGUGAACAGAGGCUAUGUUGUUGGCUUGCUCAGGCUGCAUCAGGACUGGCACAGCCAUGACACGGCCAAUACCUACGUGCUGAUCCGCCGGGGGCUUCUGCUCUGCCUCAAGCACAUUGCCGCCCUCCGGUCUGGCAGGGAGGCCUUCCUGGCGGCUCAGGGCAUGGAGACCCUCUUCAGCACCACACAGAACUGCCUGGAUGACAAAAGCUUGGAACCUGUCAUCUCCAUCGUGCUUCAGAUCCUGAGGCAGUGCUAUCCGAAGAGUCCUCUUCCCUUGGUCACAGCCAGCAGUGCUUAUGCCUUCCCGGUCCCUGGGAGUGUCACCUCUGACCCUCCAUGUGUUCUAACUGAAGAAGAUUUUGAAGAUGAUGGUGAUGAAGAAGUGGAUAAGGAUUCCGAUUCUGAAGAUGUGAAAGAGGAAGAUGAUGACUUGGAAACAGAUGUGAACAAGCUGACUUCCAAACCUGGCCCUGACCGACCUGAGGAGGAACUGAGGCAGUAUGAGGCGAUGUGUCUUGAGCUCUCCUGUAGCUUUGAGGAUCUGGAGUCCAAACCUGGAGAUGAUUUGAGCUUUGAGGAGACUCAGUAUGCCAAUCACCACCACAUUCCAACUGCUGCCUCCCUGAAGAGGCAUUGCUUGAGUAAGGACCAACUCUCCUGGGGGCAAGAAAGGGAAGACACAGGCCGGACUUCCCUUCUGAGCACAGUGAAGAUGGGGAGGUCCUCUGUGCAUCUAGCCUCCGGAAAAGCACCUGGAAUGAACCCAUACCAGAAUGCACAGUCCAGUGGUCUUGGAAUAGACUCUUCUGGAAGUGAAAUCCCUGACAUUCAGGCUUUCCUCAAUGAGGAUGCUUGGGACAUAGAUGCGAUGUCCUGCCCGAGGAUGAGUGCCUCCUUUUCCAAUUCCACUAGGCCUAGAGAUGCUACGGAAGUAAUAAAUAAGCUUCUGCAGACACAUCCCCAGCAUAUUCCCUUCCAUGAUCCCUGUCUUUACAUGGCCAAAGCCAGAAGAACCAGAUCUGUGGCUGACUUCAAGAUGAUGGCAUUUCCUGAUCUCUGGGGACACCGUCCACCUCCCUCUGCCCAGCCCAUGUUGGAACGCAAAUGUGGAAUCCAAAGGAUCAAGAUAUUUGAAGAUAUCCGGAGACUCCUCCAGCCAAGUGACAUUAUAAAUAAAGUUGUCUUCAGUUUAGAUGAGCCUUGGCCUUUGCAAGACACUGCCUCUGAUUGUUUACGGUUCUUCUCCAAGUUUGAGUCAGGAAAUCUUCGCAAAGCCAUCCAAGUGCGUGAGUUUGAGUAUGACUUGUUGGUCAAUGCCGAUGUGAACAACACCCAGCACCAGCAGUGGUUCUACUUCCGGGUGAGCGGUAUGAGGGCUGCUGUCCCUUACCGCUUCAACGUCAUCAACUGUGAGAAGCCCAACAGCCAGUUUAAUUAUGGGAUGCAGCCAACUCUGUAUUCUGUGAAGGAGGCUCUUCUUGGCAGACCCACCUGGAUACGGAUGGGCCAUGAAAUCUGUUAUUACAAAAAUCAUUAUCACCAGAGUGCAGCUGUCACAGGGGGAGCAUCUGGGAAGUGUUAUUAUACCCUCACGUUUGCUGUCACCUUCCCGCAUGAUGAAGAUGUCUGCUACCUGGCCUACCACUAUCCCUAUACCUACUCAGCCCUCAUGACUCACCUUGACAUCCUGGAAAAAAGCGUGAACCCCAAGCAGGUCUACUUCCGGCAAGAGGUUCUGUGCCAGACGCUAGGAGGGAAUUCGUGUCCAUUGGUGACCAUCACGGCCAUGCCUGAGUCUAAGAGUGCUGAUCAUGUAGAGCAGUUCCGGCAGCGUCCAUACCAGGUGAUCACCGCCCGAGUUCACCCAGGAGAGAGCAAUGCCAGCUGGGUGAUGAAGGGGACCUUGGAGUUCCUGGUCAGCAGUGACCCUGUGGCUAGGCUCUUGAGGGAAAACUUCAUUUUCAAGAUCAUCCCCAUGCUCAACCCAGAUGGUGUCAUCAAUGGCAAUCACAGAUGCUCGCUGAGAGGAGAGGACUUGAACAGACAAUGGCUCUCUCCCCGUGCUCAUCUCCAGCCAACAAUUUACCACGCCAAAGGACUCCUCUACUACCUGAGCAGCAUCGGCCGGAGUCCCGUGGUCUUCUGUGAUUUCCACGGCCACUCCCAAAAGAAGAAUGUGUUUCUUUAUGGUUGUAGCAUCAAGGAGACCUUGUGGCAAGCAGAGUCCACUGUGGGCACAUCUACUCUUGUAGAGGAUGUCAGUUACAGGACUCUUCCCAAAAUUCUUGAUAAGCUAGCACCAGCGUUCACGAUGAGCAGCUGCAGCUUCCUUGUGGAAAAAUCCCGAGCUUCUACAGCCCGGGUAGUGGUAUGGAGAGAGAUGGGGGUGUCCAGAAGCUACACCAUGGAGAGCAGCUACUGCGGCUGCAACCAGGGCCCCUAUCAGGGUCUGCAGUUUGGUACCAGUGAACUGGAGGAGAUGGGAGCCAUGUUCUGCUUGGGCCUCCUCAUCUUGGAACUCAAAUCCGUGAGCUGCAGCCAUCACCUCCUGACCCGUGCAGCAACUCUACUGAAUGCUGAGGAAGAGGUGCUGGACCACUACCUCCAGCGAUGCAGCAGCAGCAGCAGCAGCAUCACUUCAGAACUGGAUGAUGAGCCCGCCUGCCUAGAGGAGAUUGAUUACAGUACAGACAGCAGCUCAGACCAGGAAGGGAGCUUCUCCGAGCUGGACCGGCAGAUCCAGGAGUGUGCCUUCAACAAGGAGGAGGGUGAUGAAGAAGAGGAGGGGCCAGGACAGGGAAGAAAAGCCAGCCCAUAACCCAGAGGUUCAAGAAGAGGUCUAUGUCUCUAACCGUUGGACUAGCAGCUGUGUUGUUUCUUUAUCAUCAGACACACAUGAUGUUAAUGCAAAAAGCCAGCCCAUGUGAGCUCAGCAACCCUAUUUCCAAAUUUUACUCUAGUUUCACUGUGCAUAGAGACUGGCUACUUCACAGUUACAUAUAUGUAGUUAGGUGGCCUUUGGAACCUAUGCGAGCUGCCAUGAUGCAUGAACGGAACAUUCUUAAGAUUACUGUGGAUUCUAUCAAGACCACGUUGAACUCUUCUCCUUUCCUGUGCUUCAAACUGGAGUAGACUGGAAGCAGAGGAGUUGGGCUUUUUUCUUUUCUUCUCAGCCAGAAUUCUGAGUGGUUGCUUAAGUCAUUCUACAUACGAGUGUCAUCACCCACUUAGGAUAGCAUCUGAGCUCCCCAGCCCAAACCAUGUGCCCCACUGAGACUCCGAGGGUACUGGCAGCGUCUUUAGUUCCUGGGUGAUUGAACAUGAAAGGCUGUACAACAAAGACAUUGUUAGUAUCUUCCUUGGUCUGUUUUUACAGUAUAUAUUUUGCAGAUCCUGUAUAGGCCAGGAGCUAUUCUAGAUUCCAAAGGAAGGGGCAUGAUGCUGAAUAAGACAUGGCCACUGGCCUUUACAAAUUUUAAAGUCCUGUAAAGGAUUUUAUAGGAUCCUCUGUAUAAAGGCAGCAAGACAUCGUGGAAAAUUCAUUCAUUUCACACUCAGAUAGAUGUGGUUCAUAGCCUGGAUUGGCAGUUACUUGUUAUGAGAACUUAGGCAAGUAAUUAAAUUUCCUUAAACCUCAGUAUAAUGCAGAGGAGCAUAUCUAUAGCGUCAAGUUAUUGUGAAGAUGAAAUGAGAUAAUAGGUAAAAGUAUACAGUUUGGCACAUGGUGGACACUCAAUCAUGUUGGCUUAUUUUCCUCCAUAACACAAGCAGAGCGUUCUAUAUAACAAACAUUGGCUGGAGUCACAUGGUUGGCGAAUAAGCCUCUUCCUGGAGGGGAUCUGGGAAAGAGGUCAUAUAAGCGCAGUGCCUAGGAGGUUGAAAUAGCUUAGAACAAGUGAAAAUGGAGUAAGGCCCUUCAGCAUGCAGAGGGAAGCAUGCAGCUUAGAGAUUUGAAUGAUGAGGUGUACAGGGCCUAUGCACAAAGGAUGACGUGAGAUGUGGAAGGUAGAUUAGAAUGGGAGAUAAAAUGAAGAAAAUAAGUUAGAUCAAAUUGCAUUUGUCCAGGUGCCAUAUGCAUUUGGUUAGGAUUAGGUUUGGCUAGGAGACGUGGAAAGUCCAAAAUAGCAGUAGCCUUUGUAAGAUAGAAGUCUGUUUACCUUUCCUGUGGAAUUCUAGAUAUGGGCAGGCCAGAGCUGGGAUCACGAGUGCUUGGUGCCAGACACUUGGCUUCAGCAGUUUUCUAGCUCUGCUGUGGGUUGUUUCUACUCUUGGUUUAAGAUGGCUGCUGAAGCAGCAGCCUUUGCAUCUACAUCCCACUCAGCAGUAAGAAGGACAGAAAAAGAACGUGUUUUCUGUAUUUCAAAAAGCUAUGCAUAAUGGUUCUGCUUAAUCCCGCCAUCCAGAAAGUGGUCUUAUGGCCACAGGUAGUGGCAAGGGAGGUUGGAAAUGUAGUCUUUAUUUGAAAUGGGCCAGGCUAGAAAUUUGAAAUUCUAAUACUAAGGGAAAAGGGAAUAAUGCAUAGUGGGGAUAAAAUACCUGCCAAAGGGACUUUUCCUGAUGUAACUACCACCACCAAGAGAUUUUGGAAACAGAAUAAUUUCAGAGAAAACCCACAGUCUAAACUUCUAGACCAGCAGAAAGCCACAGAACAAAGCUUUGCCAUAAUUCAGCUGUGAGGCAUACAAAACAGGCAUGUGUGCUAUGAUUGGGGAGUGGAUAUUAUUAGUAGUAGUAGUAUUGAUAGUCCCGUCUUUUUCCAACUCUUUUCCAAAUUCCUUUGCUACCGUUCAGAAAUCACACAUCCAUCCUUUGUCUUAGAGCAUUCAGACGUGUGAGGGAAAUGGCAAAGACACUGAAUUCAAAUCUAAGCUGACAGCAUCCCCACACUUCCCCCAUCUUCAAUCUUUUCACUCUUAAAUGCAGGAUAGCAUAACACUUCUGUUUUUUCCUUGCUUUAAGGAGUCAAGAAGAUUAUAUUCUUGAAAAUGUAAAUGCUGGGAGGGAUAGAAAUAAUGCUAAGUCAUCAUCACCGAUUGGCACCUCAGCUCCAAUUAAUUUAUGGGAUUAGCUUCUAGUCAUCUAGCCUGUUUCUGAGAGAAAAUGACCCCGAUAGGUACAUUUCUAUGAGGCAUGUUCAGGAAAAGCCAGGAACAUGGACUAUUUACUGAUGCAUCAAUGUAACAAACAUAUAUUAAGCACCUACGAGGUGGCAUGCACUUUACUAAGAUCAAAGGAUGUAGAGAAAAAGACCCACUCUGUACCCUUCAGUUAUUCACAGUUAAGUGGGAGAGAUGAACAAUAGCAUUUUAUUUUAAUACAGCUGAGUAUGCUAUUAUGGAGCUGUGCAGAGGAUAAUAUGGAAUCACCUAAUCUGGUGUAGGGGGCAGGGGGCGCAUGGUGAGAAAAGUCUACCUAAAGAAGAGAUAAUUUAGGGAAUUUUUGAAAGAUGUGCAGGAGUUUCCAGGUUAAAAGGGGAGAAAAGGCAUUCUAAGAAGUGGAAAAAGCUUAUGCAAAGGCCCUGUGGUGGGGUUAGAGAGUAAAAUGUUCAAUAUGACUGCUUUAAAAGAUGUGCUUGUAUGUGGGGAAAGGAGGAGAGUGACAAAAGAUGAAUUUGAAAAGAUAGACGUCAAUCACAUCAAGCAACAUUUAAUGUGCCUUGAUGAAAAGUUUUAACUUUAUUCUGAAUGUCCUGGGGGAGAAAAAGAAUUUUCAGCCGAGGCAUGCCCAGGACUGAUGUCAACAGGUACUCAUUAGCACCACUGCCCUACUUGUUGAUGAUUGAUUCAUUGAUUGGCACCCUUACUAUGCUGGUUGUUCAACAGUCAUAGGAGCACCCUGGGCAUGACAUUACCAUAUUGGAAGAGUAGCAGGUUUGUGGUGAGGUAGAGAUAAUAAGGACAAUUUGGGGCCAUGUUGAAUGUUGGGGGUCUAUGAGAUGUCCAGCUAAAGAGGACUCAUAGAAGCCAGAGGUACAUCAGGAAAAGAAGUAGAAGAAGGAGAGAUGUCCCAAGUGAGCUGGGGACCUGGGUAGAAGUCCUUAGCAACUGAACCCAGGUGCCAGUCAGCUGAGAACGAAGUUCUUAGAGGAACGGGGGAGUGAGAGAAAGCGCAGACUUCCCAUCCUUCUUGCUGGGACGAAAGACCAUUCUGUGUCACACCACACCAGUCCUCAGGAUGGGGCGGGGAGGGCUCAUUCACAAGUCAACUCCAGAAAGUCAUAGGAUCAGCUCUUCCAGCCCAGCCACACGUGUCUCUUGCUGGCCACACCGCUGUAGUAAAUUGUUCUGCGAAACGUGUUCUACGAAACUCAGAGCCAAAUGAGAUUACUCACGAAUUCCAGGGAGUGGUAGGCACUGAUGGGAAACAGAUAUGGUUCAAAGUGUGCAGAAAGGAUGAGAGUUUAGAGAGGUGAUGUGGGGGCCAGGCCAUGUGCAUCGCUGCCCUGUACCAGCUGUUGUGCUCUGCAUGGCAGGGCUGGGACUGGGGUUUGGGGGGCCUGGAGGACCUCCAGUUUCCUGGGUCAGACUUGCACACCUUCUGUGAUGGGCAGAGGUGGGAAGCUCACCUUUUCACCCUUAGGAUAGUUCUACUGUGGCUA